AGUAGAGGCACAAAAAAGAGAAAACAGAUUAACGACAAGAUAAUGUUAACAUCGAGGGCAUGGAUCAUCGCUUCAGGUUUGGUCGGAGCUAUAUCACUGAUGCUCCGAUCGGCGUUGAACUUCUCCGUCACCGGAUCUCACUUCUCUCUCCCUAGUUUAAACCCUCUCUUCAUCAUCAUCAACGGAAUCAUCUUCGCUCUCGCCGCCUCGGCUUCUCUCUUCGGCCAUGGAUCUGACUCUCCGGCCACGGAACACCACCAUGAUGAUGAUGAUGUUGAUCACUACCAUUAUGAACAUGAUCAUCAUUAUCAGCGUGACCAUAACCUUGACCAUGACCGUUCUUCGAAGAACCUUGAUGACCAUGACCGUUCUUCGUAUGAUCGAUACAGUAAGAAGGUUCACGAGGAAGAAAAGUUUCCGGUGAGAUCAGAGAGUGGAGGAUCUUAUGGUGUUCAUCGACCGGUUACUUCUCCGGAGGUUCAUUUUCCGUCAACGAUGCCGCCUAAAAAGGCUGCCGGACUCCGACGUCCACCUACUGCUCCAAAGACUUUUCCACAAGAUGACAAAUCGGGGGAUGAGAACGAGACGAUGGAGGAGAUGUGGAAGAGAGUCAAAGCCGAAAAACAACCAAAGAAAACUAACACGUGGAAAUUAGGCCAAGUCAUACGACGAAAUGAUUCAAGAAUGUCUACAUCUUCGUGUCCAUCUCCGUCGUCGACGACGGCGCCGGGAAUGAAGUUGAUGAAAAGAAUUCCGUCGUGGGUGAAAUUGAAAAAAGAGUUAUCGAUGGGAAGAGAUGAGCUCAAUUCACGAGUCGAAGAUUUCAUUAAUAAGUUCAAAGAUGAGAUGAAAUUGCAAAGGUUGGAAUCUCUAAGACGUUACAAGCUUUUCCGUGAUCGGAGCGAUGAAAAGUUAUAGUAUGUUUAUAAAUUAUAACAUGUUAACAUGUUAAUAUUCAACAUUUAACGGAAUUGGUCUUAAUUAUUGUGUCAUAUAAUGGUUACAUGUGAUCGUGUGUGCAUGCGGCAUGCUUUUAGAUUUGUUAUGUAGAUUUUUUUUUCU